AUGGUGGCGGCGCGACGACUUCUGAUCCUUCAAGCCCUCCUCCUCAUUGGUCUUGUCAAUGCCUUCCCCAUGUGGGUCAGGAUCCCUACAGGGCAGGAGCAUAUGGAUCAACAGAUGGAGGACGCGCAGCAGGAGAGCAGGAAGGAGAAAGUCUCCUUCAUGCUCCAUGGCAGAACUGCUGAUGGACCGGAGACUGCUGAGUUCUGCUCGCUGGCAUCUGCAGGCUGUCAUGCAGCGGCCACACCUCAGGCCUCUGGAGGCGGGGAGCAGCAGAAGGGAGACUUUGCCAGCAUGUUUGAGAGGCAGGCUGCUCCCCUCGACGACUUCUCAAGGACGGGUCGAUGGCACGUGAGCAGACUGCAGGACAAGCUCAAGAAGCUCGAGCAGAAGCUGACGCGAGCAACGUCGGCCAGGCGCCUCCUGUCCGCCGACCCUCCGAGGUUCCCGUCCAGGUUGUACCAGAUGGUGUCAGGAGUGCGAAGUGUAGAGCACUUGGGGCUGGAGAUGCUCAGGAAUGUGGAGCAGCACAUCUGCAAACUCUACUUCAAAGUCUGCUCUCAUGACAGCUCGGCCGCUCCUCCUUCUCCCGGUCGUGAGGAUGCAAAGCCUUCGCCUCCUGCCCAGCCCACGUCCAGCACGCUCGCCGGGCGGAUCAGGAGGAGGCUGGAGGCGAUGAAGCAGGCGUACAGGAGCCUGCAGGAGCAGAGGCGGGUGACACCGAAGGAGCAGGCGGCUGUUUACGCUAGAGUCAGCCAGGAGCGAGCUCCUGGAACUGCUCGCUAUGCCUACGUGAGCUCAAGCAAGUUCUCCUCCUUGAUGCGCAACCGCCUGCACCGUCUGAUCUCCAAGGCCAAGGGGACGAGGAGCAGCCAGCUGGCCGGUGGCAAGGCGGAGGUGGAGGGCCACGGCAAGGAUCUCCAUGCCGCGCUUCCUCGGGACGACUUCAACGACUUCCCGUCAGGCAAGUGGACGAGCUUCUCUGGCGACGACGAGACAGGGAACGAGGGACGGAGCAGGAAGCAAGCAGCUCCCAGCGACUGGCCCAAGGGCAAGUGGCGAAGUCACUCGGCGGAGGACGUGACGAGCAAGUCGAUGCAGAAGAAGCAGAUGGCGCGAAAGUCGCAGCAGCUCGGCAUCAGCAACGUGUACUACGCGGAGGAGCCUGAGGAUCGCGCACAGUGGUGGGACGAGCAGGUCAGAGACUACAACCCUGGAGGAAGGGGCAACCCCGGGCUGCACGAGGGGCAAGCUUAUCCUCCCCUCGAGCCGCAGCAAGAGGAGGAUGGGACGUGGAGCAAGGAUCCUCUGACAGGGGUUGGGCCCAAGGCCUGUAUCUGGAUGUACGCGGGGCCGGAGUGCGGGAAGGGAGUGAUGGAAGGAGCGAACCUGGCGCUGGCAGCGGCGACAUCCAGCAUGCCACCAGUGGGCUCGAUGCAGAUCAAGAAGAUCUACUCGCUGCAUCCUUCCAAGAUCCGGGGGGUCCUGUGGGACGACGACCCUGCCAACCCGCUGGGGGAGACCAUGUACUUUGUUAUCCCCUCCCUCCACGACUACCCCUCCAUCCCCCAGCACACCAAGGCAGACCUGAGGGACUACGUGUACACCGGUCACACGUUCCUCUCCAUGGGGGGGGUGAUCAACAUCUACAUCCUCAACGAACUCUUCGGCUGGAACCUUCUGCCCCAGUACCAGCCCGGGCCGUACCUGUGGAACGAUCGCACGUGCCCGGGCACUCCCUUCGAGAAGGUGAGGAGGACGGUGAGCGAGCAGGGGAACACAAGGAUGGGCAUGACCGGCGUCGCCAUCGGCUCCAUCCCACCAGGGGGCAAGAGCUACUUCGACAACGACGGGUCCUCCGUAGCCAUGUGCGUCCCCAUCGGGAGGGGUCGUGCAUGCUACGUGAACCAGGAGUUCAUCCGCCCCAUGACGCCCUACGGCUGUGGCGUGUGGGUUCAGAUCGUGCGGGCUGCGCUCAACGGAGGAGAGUGCAAGUGCAUCUGUAAGGGGCCGCUGCACGCACGAGAAGACUCAGAUGGGAAGAGUCUGAUCAACUCUUACUGCGCGAAGUGGCGAGACGAGAAAACUUUCAGCGCAACGGACAAGCAAGUGAAGUAUAUGAUCCAAUGCAUGCAGCAGGACUGCGUGCAGAGUUUAGAAGGAGGAGACCCCAACAGCCCGACACUCUUUGGCUGCAGAUUCCUCGAUGUCGAUGGUUUCUGCUAUGCCUACGGAUCCGCUCAGAUGUGGUGCCGCGACAAUCCCACGAGCAGCUACUGCAGCGAUGGAGGAGAAAACUUCGCCAUCCCCCCGCUAGGCUCCGCUUCGGUCGCUCACUGGCUGCCUAAGAAGAAUAUUCCGAUUUACGAUGGAGAGGCGAUAAGUGGAGCAGCACCUUAUGGGUGUGCCUGCAUGCCUAAUUGCAGCUGCACGAAGAAAUCAUGCAGAUGUGUCAACGCCCAGCAAAUCUCCGUGGGAUCAUCCGAGGAGGCUGCCAAGUUCCCGUCCAAGGUCAUCCAGGAUGACAUGAAGGCUGGCGAGUGCGACUGCAAGUGCGCGGGACAAGACGCGUGAAGAUUUACUUGCGCAAGAAUAAAGCAAGAGAGCUU